AUGGCCUUGUACAUGGUGCAGUACAGUCCCAACUCCCAGCUGGUGGACUCCGCGGCAGAGAACAACGAGCGCAUCCGGACCCUGGAUCUGUUCUACAUCAAGAGCUUCUUCGUCUUCUGCACUGCUCGGGAAGAAGGAGGCGAUCCCACGAAGAACCCCCACUGGACCACUUCUGUUGCCCUCGUCUCUGCCGCACAAUUCUUCCUCGCGUUUCCAGUUCAGAUGCUUCGAGUCAUCACGAUAUCUGACAUAGUGGGCAAUGCGUUCCUCAACAAAAGAUCCUUCAGAAAAAUCCUGGUGUGUUUCUACCUAGUGUGCAGUCCUUUCAUGCUAAUGGGUACCAAUCUGUUCUGGAUAACCUCCCACAUGCUAAAUCUCAUCUGCUACACAUUCUUGUCCGCCUUCGCCUGCGUCUCCUGCUUCAUAUUCUUCGCAUUCGGACUCUACUCAAAAAUGGUGUUCUUCGUGGUGAUGUUGAAGGGAAAGAGGAUGAACAUCUGUGAGAUGAUGCUACUCUUCCAGGCCAAAUGGAUACUCACCAUAAUCGUAUUCCCAACAGCUGCCAUUUUUCUGUGUCUGGUGGACAAGGGAGUGUGCAACUUCCUCCUCCUCCUCAAGUCCAGCGACUCCACCUACGCUGGCAUCCUCUUCUUCCAGAUCUUCUGCUUCCUUCUCCCUCUCGGACUUCUGCUAGUCGCCAAGGGCGUCAACAGAGACCACAGCUACCAGAAGGAACCAGAUUCACAACACCAUUAA